AUGAAGGCCGCCGCGCUAAUCGCAGGGGCAAUUGCCUUGCUCCUGCUCUGUUCAUCUUGUGAAGCUAAGGUCAUUCUUGUCUCCCUGGAUGGAUUUCGAUGGGACUACAUAGAUAUUGCCAAGAAGAACGGCACGAAUGUCAGUGCAUUCGAGGAGAUCGCCCAGAUGGGUUUCAGAGCCGAGGUCCAGAACGUUUUCAUCACCAUUACUUUCCCCACGCACUAUGCCAUCGCUACGGGGCGGUACGUGGAGAACCAUGGGCUCUACAAUAACCAGUUUAGAGACCCCAUAUUCAAGCAGUCCUUCUCCUACAAAAAUGCAACGCAACAAAUGGAUCCAAAAUGGCUUGAGUACAACAACAAUGAGCCUAUCUGGCUGACCAAUCAGAGACACGGGAAUCGCAGUUGUGUGUUCUACUGGCCGGGAAGCAAUCAACCCUAUAAGGGGAAGUACCCCUUCGCAACUAGCGGCCUCUACAGUGAUGACCCAACAUUUAAGUACCGCGUAGAUCGCCUGAUGGACUGGAUCACAAACGACGAGUUCACCUUCUGUGCCUUUUACUUCAACGAACCGGAUCAUUCUGGGCAUGCCCAUGGACCUAAUUCACAGGAGGUUAUGAAUGCAAUUGCAGAGGUCAAUGACGGCAUCGCCUACCUACUGCAAAGAAUUAAGUCGCAUCCCGCACUUAACGGCAAGGUAAAUCUCAUUGUCACAGCCGAUCAUGGAAUGACGCAAAUACCAGUGGAAAACAGAGUCCAUCUUUACAAAGCUGUUAAUUCAAGCAGUUACUACGGCAACAUCUCACCUCCCGUUGUUGGCAUUUGGCCGAAAAAAGGCAAAUCUCCGGAAAUUUUAGAAUCCGAAACUGAUGCCAUCUACAAAAAGCUAAUGGAUGCAAAAUUGCCGAACCUAACGGUCUAUCAGAAGGAGUCAAUUCCAGAAAAAUAUCACUACGGAAGAAGUUAUCGGAUGCCACCUAUCUUGGCCCUCGCAGAUCCCGGAUAUCUAAUCAUGAUCAAGGACGAUUACUUCACAAAAAACCCUCCACUUGGAAUGCAUGGUUAUGAUAAUGAAUUCCGCGAAAUGCAUCCCUUCAUGGUCGCCUAUGGACCUGGCAUAAAGAAAAAGGAGGGUCUUCAGAAAUUCCAGCAGGUUGACAUCUACCCCUUCAUUUGCGGUCUCCUGGGUCUGCAAAGACCAAACAUCAUCGAUGGACAAAUUGAGCGAGUACUGCCAUUCAUGAAUAAUCCACCGUCGGAAGAAUUCGUCAAGACCUUUAAGCUCUAUGCCAGUGGAAUCCGCGCAGAUCCCUGA